AAAAAAUGGAAUAUUCGAAAUCGUCGAUAAAAAAACAAAGAAAUUCGUAGAAUACUGGGGAACGAAUAAGUAAUUGUAUUCGCGCCUCUUCCUUCGAGAUCAAGACUAUAUGUAGUACCUCCAUCGCUCUGCCGAUGUCGCCACAACAUUCAGAGACAACCAAAAAAGAAUACUUGUAUUGGUACUACUCUGAACCCUCCAUUACCCAUGUUUUUCAUUCUACGUUGUUGUGCCGAAGGCGUCACAUCCAGCCCGAUUAUAAUUUUAAAAGAAAAUGGGAAAAAGAAAAUAUUAUUCAUCAGAAGAAGAGGACUAUUGGAAGGAAAAAGUACGACGACUACAAGACGAGCUAGAGGACGUUCUGGACAGGAAAAUUAAGAAGGGUCGAAGAGAUGAUAAGCAUAAACGUGCGAAGGGAUCACAUUCACGUCACCGAGCCUACUCUCGUUCAGGGGACCGAUCACGUCGAUCAAAACGCUCAUACACUCGUUAUUAUAACCGCAGUUAUUCGAGAAGUAUAUCACCAGCGUUCAGACCCGCCAGACCCGCUUCCUCUGAAUCCACGUGCAGUUCAGACGACGUCAAAUCGAUUCGUUCAGUGGAAAAUCCUCAGAAUUCCCAACAAAUUGUUCAGAUACAAAAUUCCCUUCCUGAGGUGGGAGACUCAACGCCAGGGAAUCUGCCAACAAUCCAGACGACUGUUGUGCCCCGAGCCCAAACAGAUGUUAACCUAACCUCUACAUCCAAUGUUGUUGUUGCUGAAACACCAUUACAAACAGAUGAGCUAGAAGCGAUUGGCGAUAAGGUUAUCAAAAGUAGAGAGUUAGCCCCAGCUGCACACUCUGAGGUUCUCGACAGAUUCGGAUUACUGGAGAUAAUUAAAAAAGGUUUGCCUAUAGAUGAACGGAAAAAUCUGGCAGGUAAAUUUCUACUCCCCAGCAACUGCUUGUUCCUCGAUCCCCCAAAAUUAAAUGGGAGUGUUAAAUCGUCGAUACAAGACACAAUCCUUAAAAGAGACACUCGAAUUAUCGAGAAACAGAGUAAAGUAGCUAUGGGCCUGAGUGGUCUGAUGCAAAUCUGUUCCCUGGUAUUGAAGUUACCGGUAAGUGAAGAAAAGUCAGCACUACUCUCCACUCUCACGGGGGUCACUCGCAUAGUCACAGAUAUUCAACACGAUGAGACGUGUAUUCGUCGUAAUUUAUUGUUGAAAAACGUGAAUGCAUCCAUGAGAGAUACUUUGCUGUCAACGAUCCCAGAUGAGUGGCUUUUUGGAACUGAUGUGGAGGAAAAGGUUAAGGCGGCCAAGGCAAUGGCAUUGGUUACAAAUGCUCUGAAACCACAUCCACACCAGGGACAGGCUAAUGUUACUCCAAAAAACGGGAAGAGCCUGCUGCGUGGAUCGACGACGACAAAUCACCAAUCAUCGGCGUCAGGCGGGCACAAAAAUCGAUCUUUUCCAAAGAACAAAUCGACUUCGAACUCCAGGGCCCCUCGGAAAUCCUCCAGCCAGCCCAACCCCCGAUUCAAGAAGUAUUAGAACCGGAAGCCACAUCGUCUAUGGCAAAAACUUACCCUGGUGGCUGCGCUCUUAUCAGGGAGGCCUACGAAAGACAAAAUAUUCCAAGAGAUACAGCCGAGAUAAUGUUAUCGUCACUGAGCGAGUCUUCAAGAAGACAAUACGAAUGUGGUUUCAAAAAAUGGUGGGUUUUUUGCGAGAAAAAUACGGAGGACGUGUUUGAGAGCUCUCCCCAGGUAGUAUUGAGUUUUUUAACUGAAGAAUUCGAAAAAGGAUCCAAAUAUGGAACUCUGAACUCUUAUCGUUCUGCUUUAGGGCUUCUAUAUGGGCCAAGUUUAGGAGAGAAUUUUUUAACAAAACGUUUUUUCAAAGGUGUUUCAAAAAAGCGGCCAUUAUUACCGAAAUAUGACUGUACUUGGAAUCCUCAAGUUGUCUUAAAUUAUUUAUGUGAAUGGGGAAAAAAUGCAUCACUUUCUUUGGAAAAAUUGACUCAAAAACUAACAGUACUGUUGAUGUUGGUUACUGGACACCGCAUGCAGACCCUAUCACUUAUUAAUAUAGAUAAUAUUACGGAAGUAAGUUCUGGUUUUGAAAUAAAAAUUCCUGAUAACAUUAAGACUUCAGGAAUAGGUAAACUCCAACCUCUCUUGAAAUUACCUUAUUAUAAACAAGAUGAGUUAAUUUGUCCAGCAUCGGCUCUCUCAUAUUAUUUAGAAAGUACAAAAAAGCUCAGGUGCGAACAGAAAAAAUUGUUACUCUCGUACCAAAAGCCACAUAAGGCCGUGAGUACGUCUACCUUAAGCCGAUGGAUUAAAGAUGUUCUAAAAAAAAGUGGCAUCAAUACUGCCAAGUUUUCAGCAUACAGCACACGUCACGCAGCCACCUCAGCGGCUAAGCGUGAAGGGGUUUCGAUUGAUACUAUCAUAAAGACUGCUGGUUGGUCUAAGAACUCUAAAACCUUUGCUCGGUUUUACAAUCGGGAAUUAGCGCAAGAGUCUCAAGAAUUCGCUAAUGCUGUGUUGAAACCAAAAAUAUGUUGAAAAAUGUCUAUGAUAAGUUAUUUUAUGAUAUUAAUAUAAUUCGUUCUGGAUUUGAAUAAAAAACCGUAACCAUCUCUAAAAGUCUACAUAUAGUCUUGAUCUCGAAGGAAGAGGCGCGAAUACAAUUGUAAGAUUAAACGAACUUACCUGUAAGUGAAGUUCAAUCAUAAUUGUAUUCGCGCCUCUUCCGAGAGAUCACCCACCCUUAAAUAAAGAAAAUCAACAUCCUCGGAUGAUCCCCGACCCUGGGAGUUCCACAAACUCCCUUGGUUACGGUUGCUCUGGAAGAAUGAAAAACAUGGGUAAUGGAGGGUUCAGAGUAGUACCAAUACAAGUAUUCUUUUUUGGUUGUCUC